AUGAGCACUAAUAGAAAAAGAGAGAAAGAAACCAACCUCGUAUGCGUAGUCCAUUAUGCAGACCAAACUUCGUACAGCACUGUCAAAGAGUUGUCCGAUGUAAAUAAAGAAAAAAUCGUUCAGGCGAAGAGAAAAAGAACUGACAUAGGAGGAUCUCAUUCACAUGCAGAUCAAUGCUCGACAAUACCCGAAAACUUCGAAAGUGGGGAACAUGGCGUUCAUUUGGAGCCUUGUUAUAAACGGUAUUAAAACCUUUGUAUACAUGUAUGUUUAUCAAAAGGACGCAGCUCAACUGUUGCUGUUUGUUGUUUGUCUAGCUUAAUUAUAAUAUCCUAAAUCCUUUUACACUUUGCAUAUUUUCACCCCUAUUGUUUCAGAUUUACUGGAAUACUUGGAAACAAGAAGUUUAAACUUUCCACCGAGGACGGCCAAGCUAGCAGCAGCAAAAUUCGGUCUUCAGUGAGAGUAAGUACCGGAACACUUUCAACGAUUGUUUACGGAGAUGAAUGCCAAUUCUGUGGGGAAAAUCGUGUCCAGCAUGGGGGAAAGAAAGUUGUACCGGUAACAAUCGUUAUGUGAACAGCAGAAAGUUCCAUUAAAGGUAUCGCGAGAGAUAAACAUCCUGGCCUUUAUGGAAGAAUUAAAGACGAGGACCUGAUCGCAAAAGAAUUCCGAUACCACAGUCACUGCUAUAGGAACUUCACAAGAGGUGAAAUUGCCUACGACAAGAAAGGAACAUAUGAGACGGGAGAUUUUGACGCUGUCAGUGAGUUCAUUACAACAGAGGUUAUCGAAAGAGGUAGAGUCGUCUCUCUCAACGAAAUUCAUUCCAUGUAUGGGUUGCAAGUGGAUAAAAAAAGAUAUGCAAACCUACUGAAACAGCGAAUCAAUGCGAAGUUUAAGGAGCGGAUAAUAAUCUUAUCACCACAAAACUGCUCAGGGCCAGAAUAUAUUGCCAGUAAGGAUAUCAACAAAGACAGUUUACACCAUCGUCAAGACACCAUUCAGGCAGCUGCCUCCUAUCUGAGAGAGGAUAUCACCACACAUGCAGAGAAUCUUCAAGAAAUAAUAUGGCCACCAACGAUCGAGCAGCUCUCUACUGAAGAACGAAAACCUCCCGAAUCUGUCAGAAAUUUCUUUGAAUCCGCUCUUAGUCAACCAGGGCGUUGUGACAACAUCAAUGUUUCACGUUUGGUAGAUUCUUUCAGCCAAGACCUUGUUCAUGGAGUUACCAAAGGUAAAACCAUCAUGGAAAAGCACUUCCUGAUUGGCCUCGGAGUUCAUAACUUGACUGGUCAAAGGAAUGUUGUUGAAAUACUAAGUAAGUUUGGACAUAGUGUUAGUUACACAAUGGCAAGUGAGAUCUUGACUGCUAAUGCUGAGAGCUGUUUAGAAAAGUCUAAAUUAGUUCACUUCUUCCAUUGCAUCCCUCAAGAGCUGGCGAGAUUGUUCUUAGUCAUUUCUGGGUUGACAAUUUUGAUUUGGCUACCGACAAGCAGUAUGGUGGUGGUGAAAUUAACAUUACAACUUUGAUGGCAUUUCAAGAGGGGAGAACUUUGGAGGCUCACAAUUUUCAUAUACAUGUGCCAAGAAAAGCCUCACGUAGAAUAAGCAGUGAAGAUCCAGACCCUAUACCAAAAAAAGUUGACAAUCAAAUCCUACCACCAACAUGCAGCAUGGAAAUCGUCCCAGAGCAAUUUAUUUUUGAUGACAGAAAGUUUAUGACAUUCUAUUUUGCUUGGAUAAUUGCCCGGAGGGACAGCAGUUCUGAUCAAGUCAUUCCAAUAUUCAGCGGUUUCAUGACGAAUGCUCGUAAGACAACAGAUCCGAUAGUAAUAAAAACAGUGGAAACCUAUCUGCCGCCAAUCAAUUCAAAGGUAAGCUUAAUCUCACCUUAUAUCAGCGUUUCCAACGUUAAUUUUAGAGUUUUCAUAAUUUUUUUGAGAAUUGCAUGCAUUUUAAGUCACUUGACCACGAUCAAAUAUGAUGUGUUCUGUAUCAUGCAAGUACUUAAAAAUGUUGCAAGAAUAGGACUUAUUUCAAGUAACUAUUAACCUCUCUUACUUUAAAGGUGAACGACAUCAAGACGAUCAACCAAUAUCUCGAAUUUUUGAUGGGUUUGUCGGAAGAAGCCAAUAUGCCAUACCUGAACAUAACGCUUGAUGUUGGUGCAGCAAUGAAUGCGUAUAAAUUUAUAUAGACUCACACAGAACAAUACAGGAAUGUGUGUGUUCACCUUGGCAUGUUCCACUUCAUGAAGGAAAAUUUUAAGGUAAUGUAUAUUCUUGAUUAGUAUUUAAAGUGUACAAUUUGAUUUGAGCACUUUACCUGAAACUACAGUACGAGUUCUGUAUUUUAAACAUAAAGAAAUAAAUUCUCCCAAUCUUACAUUAGGUGAUAGGAUCACUAGUGGCUAGCUCUGGAUUUGAAGACAUCAUUUUUCAGUCCGGUGUUUGCACGUCUGGCAGCUUGCAAGGAGUGUUGGCAGGUUCUCACUACAACCGUGGAUGGACUGUUCACAAUGCCUUUUCUGAGGCAUUAGAACGGUUGCUACUUCAACGUUUCAUGUAUGAGAAAUCAGCAACGAUUCCAGAUAGUUUCUACGAGUUGAUUGACCUGGACACAGUAAAGCUACAAUCCUUGGAGAAUGACGCAUCAAUUGCUUUCACUGUGGAAUAUGAGAGAUACAGAUCAAGUGUUCGCCAGGGGAGUGCAGGGAAAACAGCACAGUUCUGGAUGAUUUAUCUAGACCUAAUGCAAGCUCAAUGUAUGGCGCAUGUUGGAGUUCAAGAGAAUAAUGUUGAUAUGAUGAUUAAUGCGUGGUUGAAACUAUUACCCAUGUAUUUUGCACUGAACAAGAUAAAUUACGCACAAUAUGGUUCCUACUAUGUAUAUACGCUGAUAAACAUGGAACACUUGUAUCCUGGUUUGAGAAACCUCAUUGAUAAAGAAGGAUUAUCAGUUCAAGCACAAGACUCGUAUCCGUUGCGGACAUCGAUAGAUCAAAGGGGCGAGCAGACGAUAAAUCGUGAUGCAAAAACUAGUGGUAAGUUAUUUGACAUAACCUCAGAAUGUAUCAAUUCAUGCUCAUAAUAUUACCAUAAAGGCCACAAGGGCGAUAAAGUUUGAUCCUAUGGUUUGAUUAAAAAAUUAAAAGUCUGAAUAUACCGUUCCAUAUGUAUUCAACAGGAUUCCGUCUUAAGGCGGAUUUCCAGUCCUCGCAGCUCGCUGCGAGUGCUUACAUCUAAUUAAAAUUAACUGUUUAGCAUUGUGAUUGGAUGAAAGUGCUCAUGCAUGCACUCGCAGCGAGCUGCGAGGAGCUUCGUGCGAGGACUGGAAAUCCGCCUCUAGACCCGUAAUAUGUUUAAAAAUAAUUUACCAGUUUCCAAAUUAUCAUUCAAUAGGUGGUGUACGAAAUUUUGCGUCAAAUAGUAACGCAAUCCGUAAAUGGUGCCUAAAUCGAGCGGAGCAGUCAAAGAACACAGGAAAAUUAAAGGAGAAAGCUGGAACAUCUACAACGACAAAUAGUCACAGCUGCUUGCGACCAUCAAAGAUUUUGCAGUCUGAUAAAGCUGUUUGUGAAAUCAUGAGAGUAUUGACAGAAGAGUAUAUUAACCCGUUUGACGUGGUUAUUGAGGAAACUGAACUUUUUAAUUUGAGUUCUGGUGUUCCCUUGCUUUGUACUGAUGUAUUAAACUGCUCGGAAAUUGGUCAAUUGAAAUUUGAGAAAUUUACAAAGGAGAGCAUAAGUGGUAAGCUAAAACCUUUCCACGAUCCUAUCCAGAAAACCAAAAUUACCAUGUUUAAGGAUAUGACGAAAUCGACAAAGGUGGAUAACAAUGGUAAAUCAGCGGUUAUUGAGGCAAAUAGAAACAUCCUAGGUAAAUUGCUGGCAAUUUCAGCCAAACACGAAAAGAGUAUUGAUUUUGAAGUGGCUCUUUCCUACCCGCUCUCAACCACACCACUAUCCCUUUCAAAUCCAGAUGGAUCUCGUCGGGUGACACAAAAAAGUAAGUUUCUUGAGGUGCUAUCAUCGUUCCAAGAUGAGCCUGGGGCCCAGACAGAGGUUGUUGAUGCAGAUGUAUUUGUGAUAGAUUUCAUUGCUCAAGUCAGAAUUAUCACCAAGGCGGUUCCCGAUACCUACGAGGAGUUAGCUAUCAACCUUCUUCAGUCAAUCCCUAAAGGUUACGUGCGCGUUGAUUUGGUUGCUGACACGUAUCACAGGGCUAGUAUCAAAACAGCUGAAAGGAACAAAAGAGUGGCGUCCAAGGUUAUUAUAAAGUCGGAGAAAUCAAAGAUUCCCCGAAACUUCAAAGCGUUCAUGAUGAAUAGUGAAAACAAAUGCCGCCUAAUCGACAUAAUUUUUGACUUCAUCAUCAAGGAAAAAGCCCGUUGCCUGCAAAUUCUGAGAGCUAACAAAAUUCUUCUUUCAAGAGAUGGUGAAUGUCACGAAGUUACAUCAUCAGCAGUGAAUCGCUUGGAUCAUUUAGCAAGCAAUCAGGAGGAAGCUGACACUAAAGUAAUUUUACACACUCUCGACGCACUAGAAAAGCACGACUCAAAAAUUCAUUUGAGAUCACCAUCAGCUGACACUGACAUACUUGUGCUAUGCAUUGCUUUAAUCCAAAAACCAGAAAGAGUAUAUUACGAUUAUGGUGUUGGUAAGAAUAGAAAAUCUAUUUGCCUUAAUGAUUAUCAAGUCCCACCUGACGAGCGAGAAGCACUUAUUGGUUUUCACGCUGUGACGGGAAACGAUUAUACCUCAGCCUUCUUUGGGAAAGGGAAAAACAAGUGCUGGAAGAUUAUGAAAGGCAAACAGGAAUUCGUUACUGCAUUCCAAGAAAUCGGAAAUGGUUGGGAACUUUCGGAAAAUUUGAUUGAUUCCUUUGAAAAUUUUGUAUGUAAGCUGUACGGGAGUAAGAAGAUUCAAGUAAACGAUGCCCGUUACGAGUUAUUUCAGAAAAAGUACAUGAAGGAGAAUAAAGUCAUUGAUCUAUCACUAUUACCACCAUGUCGAUCCUCACUAAUUCUUCACUUAAAUCGCUGUAAUUAUGUGGCUUGCAUGUGGAAAAGUUCCGCCGUAGCAAAUAUCACGUAUCCAUCUCCAAGUCAACAUGGUUGGACUGGCGAUUUCGAAAUUAAUUGGCAUGACGAAGUUUUUCCAACAGAUUUGGAAAUGUUACUUUUGGACAAUACCGAUAGUGAGGAAGAAUAUGAAGUUGGAACAGACGAAGAAAGUGGACACAGUGAUGACAAUUUUUAA